AGCAAUCAUUUUCCUACGAAAGGUAUCGCUUUGUUAAAUAUUACUUGCACUUUUGCUGGUUGUUCUAGGGCCCCAUGCCAAAUUAUUCUGAACUUUCGAUCAGGGAAUCGGGUUCCUACUUUCUUUUUUUUAAUGUUUAUUAGUUUUCAGAUAUUAUUAUAUGAUGGCUAUUUUUACACGUAUUUUAAAGUAGAAUUAUUUUCUUAGAAUGGACUAGAAUAAUCUACUUGAUCAAAUUAUAAUACUUUUGUAUGACUUGUUGAUGUUUCGUGUGUUAAAAAGGUUUUAUUUUUGCGAAUAAAAAGUAAUUUCAAGGUUCUUAAAGUGUUAGUAAGUUUCUCUGAAAUGUUCUUUCUCGUGUAGUAGAUUAUUAAAUGGCGAUCUAUCUAGGUGUUGUCGGUUUUCUGUUUAAAAGGGUGGGAGCUUCUAUUUUCGAUAAUUACGAGCAAAAUCUGUGUUAUGAUACUCUUAUACUGUUUGAAGGGAGAUGGAAAAUAUGAGGAAUAUGUUAAGAUAUUGAUGAGUGGAAACUUUUUUUUGUCCUUUUUCAUAUGUAAUCUAUUGAAAACUUGCUCACCCUUUAUUUUUCAGGCAAAGACGACACUAUUUGUGUUGUAUUGGAGGCUAUGUGUCAUCAAGUUUUUGGUUUAAAGAUGCACUCUCUAAUAAUGAUUCUAUUUUUAAAUCUAUCACUACACAUUGGGAAAGUAGGAUGUUGUUUGGUUAUCAUACCACUUGGAAAGGCCGUGUUUAUUUCCAGAGGAUGUGAAAUGAACUUACUCUUUGAAUUUUUGCCCUUGGGCUCUUUGAUCUGCAUAAAUUUUGUUUUAAAAUUUCCACCUACCAAGCUUACUCUACCUACUAACCCUUUCAUCAUGAAAUUGUGAUCAUUUUUAUGUCAAUUUAGAGCAAGUUAUCAUCUUUGGUGUUGUAGCUCUGUUAUCUCUGUUCCUGACAUUUUUCUUGUGUUUCAACCUUUAUUGAAACAUAGAAUUUCAUGAUGACAACAAUUGCUAUUCAAUCAUUAUUUUUAGAGAAAUUUUACAAUAAUAUGUUAUGGCAUGUCUUUAGUCAUCUUCCUCAUGUAUAUUGUUACUUAUCUUGACCUUCUUGCCUUCAUUAUUCCUCGGGAAAAUUUCUUUCGGGGGGUAACCAUGACCUUCUUAGGCACAUAGGAACCCUAGCAUCAGCAUAAUAGAUGUAUAAUAGGACUUCUAUUAACAUUGGGACAUAUUCCCAUUGUAUCCUUCAUGGUCAUGUCGAAUCCUUAAUUUGUUUCAUGAAGUGAACAGUUAUGUUGGUCGUUCAGGCCAUGCAAGAGUGCAAAUGUAUCAUGUUAGUGUCAGGGAUUCCUCAAGAAGGGUACCUUGAUCUCUUUCGUGACUUUUGCUUCUGAAAAUAAAGGUAUGAAUGAUCAUUUUAAGUUCGGCAUUUAUGAUCAUUUCAUAAUAUGAUUAUCAAUGUGCAUAAAAAAGUUAUUUUUUCAAUAUUAAAAUCGUAUAGUUUCAAGCAACUAAAAAAAGGGGUCCAUAUAUAUACAUACAUACAUAUAUAUACAUACAUACAUAUUUAUACAUACAUACUUAUUAAUCACUUCAAUGAUUCAAACUAACUAUGGGCGUAACUUUUCUCCAUUCCUACUUUGAAAACUCUUGCCAUUCAGACAAUAAGAGUAGACAACCAUCUCCUCCUUCAGUUAUCGUCAUUGGUGCUGGAUUUGCAGGCAUUUCCGCCGCCCGUGCUCUUAAAAAUGCUUCUUUUCAGGUGGUGGUUUUGGAGUCUAGGGAUCGAAUUGGUGGUCGUGUGCACACGGAUUACUCCUUUGGUUUUCCCAUUGACAUGGGUGCAUCCUGGUUACAUGGUGUCUGCAACGAAAAUCCAUUGGCACCGUUGAUUGGAAGACUUGGACUUCCCCUUUAUCGCACCAGCAAUGACAAUUCUGUGUUAUUUGAUCAUGACCUUGAGAGUUACGCUCUUUUUGAUACUGAUGGGAAUCAAGUCCCUCAGGAGCUUGUCAAAAAUGUUGGUGAGCUAUUUGAGAGAAUAUUAGAGGAGACAAACAAACUGAGGGAUGAAUAUAAUGAGGAUAUGUCCAUUGCACAGGCACUUUCUAUUGUUAUGGAGAGAUGCCCACAACUGAAGCCAGAAGGGCUUGCUCACCGGGUAAUGCAGUGGUAUUUGUGCCGAAUGGAAGGUUGGUUUGCUUCUGAUGCGGAUAAUAUAUCACUGAAACAUUGGGAUCAGGAAGUCUUACUUCCUGGUGGGCAUGGUCUGAUGGUUCGAGGUUACUGCCCUGUUAUAAACACUUUGGCAAGAGGUUUGGACAUACAGCUUAAUCACAGCGUUUCAAAAAUCGUCCGAGGUAAGAACAAUGUGGAAGUUACCACCGAAAAUGGAAGAACAUUUUGUGCGGAUGCCACUGUCAUCACCGUACCUCUCGGGGUUCUUAAAGCUAAUCUCAUUGUGUUCGAGCCAAGGCUUCCGGAUUGGAAGCAUGAAGCAAUCAAUGGUAUCGCUGUUGGGACAGAGAAUAAAAUCGCCCUCCAUUUCGACACGAUCUUUUGGCCCAACGUCGAAUUCCUAGGAGUCGUCGCUAACUCUGCAUACAGCUGCAGCUAUUUUCUUAAUCUCCACAAGGCCACGGGUCAUCCUGUCCUCAUUUACAUGCCGGCCGGCCGCCUCGCUCACGAUAUCGAGAAGAUGUCCGACGAAUCUGCUGCCAAGUUCGCCUACGCUCAACUCAAAGAGAUCCUCCCUGAAGCUUCCGAGCCGGUAAAUUAUUUGGUUUCUCAUUGGGGAACGGAUAAGAAUUCGCUUGGCUCGUAUAGCCAUGAUGCAGUUGGGAAGCCCCGGGAGCUGUUUGAGAGAUUGCGGAUUCCGGUGGACAAUCUCUUCUUUGCGGGUGAAGCUACCUGCAUGAGAUUUACUGGAACUGUUCAUGCUGCAUAUUCUACAGGCCUGCGUGCUGCUGAAGAAUGCAGAAUGCGGGUGCUUGAAAAGUAUGGUGCAUUGGAUAUGAUCCGUUCGGCUAACAGAGAAGCAGAUGCUGAAUCCAUUUGUGUUCCAUUGCUGAUUUCUCGUAUUUGAAUCUUCCAUCUGUUCAUCUGUUUUCUCAGGCAGGUAGAUGCUAAUGCUUAUAUUUUGUCUUAUUUUUUCUAGAACCCAUAUUUGUAGUAUUUAAAUUGUGUGGUUGAUUAUGAUUCUAGUGUGACUUCCUUAUCUUCUCCACGGAAGUUUUGUGGAGGACACUGGAAGAAGAACAAAUUUAAGUUAUAUGUGUUGACAUGAUGCUAAAUUUAGAAAAUUUUAAUGCU